AUGCGCGGCCUUACCAAGCUUUACACAUAUGCAUGUGAAGAGAUGGGCUGUAUAUCUAACAGUGAGCUGGUACGCUAUUUUACUAGUUUAGACUACAUGGACGAUAUAGAAGCCGCGUAUCCAACGUGUUUAGAUCUUCGACACAACUAUCUUGGGGAUGCCGGGGCUGCGGCAUGUUUUCGCGUCUUGCCUUACAUGAUGUGGGUGCGACGUGUGGAAGCAGCCAAUAUUGGUUGCGGACCGCUAGGGGUCAAGGCACUUUGUGCGGCUCUCGCAUUGCGCACUUCACCUGCUUCUAAAUGUAAGGCCAACUUAGCGUAUGCGAACCCACUUGAACCCUCAACACAAGUGGGUACCAUCGCGGUCUCCAUGGCGCCUGUCGUGGUGGCCGCCGCGGAUGGCGAUCGGACGAAACAAGAAGACGAUGGUAUCGCGUUUGCUGUUGUACCCCUCGAGUACAUCGACCUCUCCGGGAAUCCCAUCUACGCCCAGACAGCUGGAGAACUCUUGAAGGCUCUGCGUCUGCGCCGUGAUUGGUUGCGGCGGUGCUAUGGGAAUGGGAUUGGAGACGCAGCAACACCUCUACCACUGCAGCUUGUAUUGGACUGGGAUGUAUUGCCGCGAAGAACGGUUGCUCGGCUGCAAUCUAUGAGUGUGAGUGCGCCGGAGGGCUACCCAUCGUCGCACUCUCAUAAUCACCACUUGCCACAUCGCACUUCUGAAGAGAGAAACCAUAACAUAUACCGAAUCCUCACCGCAGCGCCUCUCGAUGAUGAUGAAAGUGACCCGUCCUACACUCAAUAUGACACCACUAACCCAUUUUUAGCAACUCUUGUAGGACAAGUUAACGAGCAUAUGAGAGACUACCUAUUGAUGUCUUAUCACAUUGAACCAGGCAUUGGUAAUGACGAAUCCGUAGAUGAGUUGACACCCGCGGCUGCCUAUCUUUGUGCAGAGUAUGGAGUAGAUCUGCUUCCGUAUCUUUUUACUCAAUCUCAAUUUUCAACUGGUGGGAUCCAGGUGACCUCUCUCUCCAGUUCGUCAAACUGUGGGGAGGAAAUGAUGUACAACCGAGUAAUGGGUCGAGUGCGCACGCUGUUUCAGGCCCUUGAUGCAACGCCACAGCUGCUACAGGAGGCCCUGGCACGCGACCACGAUGGGCCGCUUCUCCGCUAUUAUCUUGAUCGUCUUAGGACGUUCUUUGAUCAGCUAGCGUCCUGCAACGGGCUGCCUUCAUCGCAUUCUACAUCAUGGGAGCGUCUUUGCGAUUUUGAGGCUCUAUACCAUCGGGUUGUCUCCAGUCUUGUAUGCCGGCGGAUGGAGUGGACGCUGUUGCCUGUCAUCGAAACAUCCGAAGCGCGUAUCGAUGAAAUAACGAAGUACAUGGUGGAAUAUCUGCUAGAUGGGGUCUGUCCAUCCAGUAUCUAUGAACACAAGCCUCAGAAUCAUGAGGACAUAAGCAACGAAGUCCUUUUCUGUGGCGCGUUAACGCGAUGGUGUGCGCAGGCCAUGUACCAUAUUCAUAACGAACCAAAAUCACAUGCCGAGUGGAAUUGUGUUUAUAAAUGCAUGGUCCAUAGACUAUUCAAAAUGGAUCCCAGUGGCACAUCUGAUAUAAAUGAAGAUUCCCAUGCUCUAGAUUCUAGUCGCAGCUCUGAAGAGAUGGUGGCACAAGAAGAUCCCAAGCGAAGCUUUGAAGAAAAGCGUGGAGAAGCAUACCCCCUCAUGCAAAGUGGUAGUCGUGCAGGUCUUGCAAUCCCCACGUCACAAGUACAGGCGAGGGACGGCGAAGGGACAGUACUAAUGCAGUUCCCAUGUGACAGGCACUGCCAACUUGCCCUAAGGGCAUUAUACAAGGUGCUUAAGGAUCCGUACACUGUGAAGCGCCUGGAGGUUGUUGCACCGCUCCAGAAAGCGUUGCCGAUCGAGAUGCGCCAUUUCCUGGUUGAUCUUUUAAUAUGCCAGAACAGUCGCGGUGUCGUAGGUGGUCCCUAUGUGGCGGAACUUUUUGGGGAGCCAUCUUCGUUGGAGAGCUUUGUGCGUCACAGGGAAGGCGCGAGAUCAGAUGAGAUGGAUUCGAAAAUGGAGGUGGUGGGGUCCUUCCGCAUGAUUGGAUGGAGCUUAGUAGAUAUUCUGGCCGUACUGUACAACCGACAGGAUCGGCUUAUGGAGCUUUUAAAGGUAUUCACAGAGUGGUACCGUCUUCGGACCAUUGAAUCCCUUGUGUCACGGGCGUAG